UUUAAGGGAUGCCCAGGGUCGACGGAAAGCGUCGGUUUUUUUUCUGUUACAAACAAAAUUAUUUUUAAAGAGUAAUUUUACAUGUAGUGCGAUAUUUGUUUUAUCGAUACGUAUUAACAGAAACAGUAAAUCAAGGAGAUUAACCAGUACUCCAGCAGCGACCUCACUCAUGGAGAUAAACUCACAUGUGACUGAAAGUGUAGAAGUUACUGUGUUGAAACAAACGAAUGAGGAAGAAAAUGUUCCAAGUCCACUCAAUUUGCAUAACACUGUCAGCUGUAGAGAAAACAAAACACCUGAAGAAACACAAAAUGGAAUAGAUUUGUUGUACUGUGGGACACACAACAAUAAUUAUGCUUCAAAAAGAAGUGACAGUUACAGACUGUCACGUAAAUACCCAAAUGAUACAUUUAGUAAUGGUCGCACUAAUUUUGGCAGUUUCGUUCGGCCUACCAAAGUACAAAAUAGAAGGAAGGUUUCACAACAUCUUACCUGUAAUAUCUGUGGAAAAUAUUUUGCUACCAGACCGGGAUUGUACUUACAUCGCCGAAAGCAUAAAGAAGGAUAUCAGUUUGAAUGUGAUACGUGUUCUAGAAAAUUUAUGGAUAAACAAACAUUAAAAGAACAUCUCCUAACUCACAUGAUAGUUAAACCUUACCUCUGUCAAACUUGUGGCAAGCAUUUCAGUAGACAUUCUAGACUCAAAAAACAUUUAAUGAAACACAGUCUUGAAACAGUAAGACCUAAACAUUACUUUACAUGCAGUUUUUGUGAAGAAGUGUUUAUAAGUGAAGAAAUAGCAUUGAAACAUGCUAAAAUUGGACAUGGGAACGUUACAGAAUUACAUUUCAGUCAUGGUUUGAUUGAUAGAGUUUUUCUUUGCGAGUACUGUGAACGUUGUUUUGUUAGUCAUCAAGCAUUAAACUGCCACCGAGAAAGUCAUGCACCACUGUAUGUGUUUUCCUGUAUAGUGUGCAGGUCAACAUUUCCAACAUUUUCAAGACUUCAGACUCACAAAAUAGCCCAUUCUUCAGAAAAUGCCACAGAUGGCUUUGAGGUGCCUAGUUAUUACGCUUGUACUGCUUGUGAUAAGUCAUAUCUGCAUUGGACAAACCUGACAGUGCACUGGAAACUACAGCAUGAUAAAAUAAAAUAUAUGUAUCAUUGUAAGGUAAAUAUAAAAUUGUGUCUAAUACACAACAGAGUAUAUUAUACAUUUUUAAUGUCGAAUCCCAUCAGACCUCCUCCCAUGUCAAGCCAUACAGCAACACCAGUGACACCAGGUCUGUUUCCAUGUCAACCUCAGGCAUCAGCUCUACUAAGCAUGCUCAUGAUGCUGAUGAUACUUGUAUCAGAAGUUGCUCAGGAAUUGGUGACAGAAUUCCUGACAAUUUUGUCAGAAGCAGUAGAGGGACUGCUGGUUUGGCUACCAAGGAUGGAUGCCCUCGCUCACUUGGGAGUGGAGAACCGGCAGCAGCAGGUGAUGUGA